AUGCAGUUGAAUUUGCUCCUUGCGAGGUCUUCAAACAAGACUUUCAGCAAGCAAUUCCUGGCCAAGAAACAAAAGCAGAAUCAUCCCAUUCCCCAAUGGAUUCAAAUGAAAACUGGUAGUAAAAUCAGGUAAAACUCCAAGAGAAAACACUGGAGAAGAACCAAGCUGGGCCUAUAAGGAGUCCCACAUGUAUUUAUGCUGUGUCAAGAUCACCUACGUAUCACUCAGAAAAUAUCACUACUAUCUGAACAACUGGAUGUGUUUUAUUGGGAAAAUAAAUUUUUUUCUUUGU